AACCACUGCAAUGGCUACUACAACACUUCCUCAUUGUUGUUCUCUGUUGCUUCUACUUCUAAUUCUUCCUCUCCUUCCCACUGUUUUCAGUGCCUACCCCAAAGAUGACUGUGAUAAAAUGCCGAUAUUACCUUUUGUUGCACGGCCAGGAAUUGGUCCAUUUAUCAAGUCCCCUUUAGGUGAAUUUGCCUUUGGAUUCCAUCCUCUUGAAAGUAGUGAGAAAGAGAAUCAAUUUUUGCUUGCAGUUUGGUUUAAUAAAACAAAAGAUCCAACUAUAGUUUGGUCUGCAAAUGGCAAUAAACCAGCACCAGAAGGUUCAGAACUGAAGCUGGUGCGCAACAAAGAGUUUGUUCUCAAUGACCCUGAUCAAGACAGUGAGUUAUGGAAGCCUCAAAUGAAUGGCUCUUCCAAAUCCAGAUGCUUUGUUAUGCUGGAUAAUGGGAACUUGGUGAUUUUAGAUGAACAGUAUAAUUCUAUAUGGGAAAGCUUCAAUAAGCCUACUGAUACAAUUUUGCCUGGCCAAAUACUAAACAUGAAUACCACACUCAGGUCUCACCAAUCUGAGACUAAUUAUUCUGAUGGGCGCUUUGAGGUUUCGUUACAGCUGGAUGGCAAUUUCGUGCUUUAUUAUUUAUUGUCUGAAAAAAUUAGAAGACCUUAUUUUGCCACUAUGACACUGCAAUGGAUAUCAGUGUUGAACUUUACCGAGGAUGGACGCAUGUACAUCCUAGACGCAAACAACUCCACCAACAUCUACGGCCUUGCUGAGAAAAAUCCAGGCUCAAAAGAAUCUUUCUACCACAUGGCUAGAAUUGAUCCUGAUGGAGGAUUCAGAAUAUACAGAUUCCCCAGGAAGGAGAACCCCACAAGUGAUGGACUUGAGAGCUGUUCUUCUUCAUCCUGGAAUGAAGUGCAAAGCAUUCCUGAUGAUAUAUGUGGCAGAUUUGAUGCUAAUACUUUUGUAGGUGGGUUUUGUGGACUCAACGGCAUUUGUCAAACUUUAGGUGGUUCAAGUGGGGUGGCUCAAUUUUCUUACUUAGACCCAUCCAACUAUUGGGGAGGGUGUAAACCAAAUUUUCCAUUACCCAGCUGCGACAAUGGAUGGGAAGCAAAUAAAGGGCAUGUAACGCUUGAACCGCUUUCAUAUGUGGACUGGCCGUUUUCGGAUUAUAGCUUUCUUGAAGGGGUUAAUGAGACAGAGUGUAAACAACAAUGCCUUGACGAUUGCAUGUGUGCUGUGACCAUUUAUGAAAAAACAGGUGAUUUUUGUUGGAAGAAGAAGUAUCCUCUGUCCAAUGGAAGAUAUAGCAUAAAUAUUACGAGAAAAGCUUUCAUCAAGGUACUUAUAGACCCUGGUUCAGAGAAGAAAGGCCAGUCUACGGUAGUUGUUUUGGCACUACUCCUUGGCAGCUCUGCAUUUCUCAAUAUCCUUUUCUUCUCAGCUAGUAUAGUGGCUAUUAUCUACUUGUACCACAAAAGACGGAAUUCACGAUGGAAUAUUGAUAGCACACUUGCAACAAAUGUGAGAAGCUAUACAUAUAAAGAGCUGGAAGAAGCAACUAGAGGCUUCAAGCAAAUAGUGGGAAAAGGUGCUUUUGGAACGGUUUACAAAGGGGUCCUUGCAUCAGAUUCUAAAAGAUUUGUCGCAGUCAAGAAGUUAGGUAAGGUGGUAGAGGAAGGUGAGAAGGAAUUCAAAACAGAAGUUAGCGUGAUCGGUCAGACUCAUCACAAGAAUUUAGUCCGUUUGCUCGGUUAUUGUGAUGAGGGGCAGAACCGGCUUCUAGUAUAUGAGUACAUGAGUAAUGGCUCUUUAGCUAGCUUUCUCUUUGGGAUAUCCAGGCCUCAUUGGAACCAAAGGGUGCAAAUUACUUUUGGAAUAGCAAGAGGUUUAAUGUACUUACAUGAAGAGUGCAGUACUCAGAUUAUCCACUGCGACAUAAAACCUCAAAACAUACUCCUAGAUGAGUACUAUACACCAAGAAUUGCUGAUUUUGGAUUAGCAAAGCUUUUGUUGGCCGAGCAAACUCGAGCAGCUCGGACAGGAAUAAGAGGGACAAUUGGGUACUUUGCACCUGAAUGGUUUAGGAAAGCAUCUAUUUCAGUUGAGGUUGAUGUGUACAGUUUUGGUGUGAUGUUACUAGAGAUUAUUUGUUGCAAGUCUAGUGUCGCAUUUGCACUGGGAGAAGAGGAGGCAUUGAUAGAUUGGGCUUAUGAAUGCUACAAAGAUAAAAAAUUAGAUAAGUUGAUAGAAAAUGAUGAAGAGGCAAGAAAUGAUAUGAAGAGGCUAGAAAGGCUUGUGAUUGUAGCAAUUUGGUGUAUUCAAGAAGAUCCUUCACUGAGGCCCUCAAUGAAAAAGGUCACACAAAUGCUUGAGGGAGUGAUUGAAGUUUCCGUUCCCCCAAGCCGUUCAUUGUUUACUUCUUCUCCGCCUUCAUUCAAAAAAUAGGUCAUCUUGAGUUUUCAUUGCCCAUAGUUGUGACCAUUUGCAACGUUUGGUGAAAUACCUUUUCUUAUUUGUAUUAUGGUAUCAGAAUUUGGCCAAUAGUGGUUGGUUUCCUGUCUCUUGCAUUGCGGUUUGUUUUCUACUAUAAGGCUCUCAUGUGUAUUAUCCUUUGGUGUAUUUCACCUUCUUAGUUGUAACUUGUAAGCUUGGAUUCCUUGUUCAAAAUGAUUUUGUUUUAUUGGUUUAUAUAAUCAUUUUUUGCGUGAUUGUUGUCGGA